AUGGCCAAACUCUCAUCUCUAGGGUCCAUACGUUUUCAUGGUGUAGGUGGCCGCACAAUUGCGAAGGUUCGGAAGUUUGAUUUAGGCAUAAUUCGCCGUCUAGGUCCUGAUAUUAUAGUCUUGGAGUUGGGUUCUAACGACUUAACCAAACUGCCGGCACAAACCGUCGGUUCGGAGCUUGAAACUUUAGUGCGCUAUCUGCACGACGAGUUUAAUGUGAAAAGCAUUGCAGUAUGCCAAGUUAUUCGGCGGCACUCCCCUCAGUGUACUGCGUACAAUUUAAAAGUUACCAAACUUCAUUUGUAUCUUAAGGCUGUUCUCGAACCAAUACCUUACUGCUUAUACUGGAAACACAGGGGUUUCUGGAACUCCCGGGAAAACAUUUACUUACCGGAUGGAGUUCACUUAAAUGAUUUAGGGAACUUAAAGUUGUUUCGAAGUAUCCGGGGUGCAGUCAUUAAGGCCGCAGGCCUAGUGGGCUGAUAAUUUCACAAUUUGAUGAAUUCCUAAGUGCAUACUUAUGUCGUUGUAAUAUAUAGUGACGAGUGAGGCAUUUUUCGCUUAUAGCCUGACUAGUGCCAAUUUUACUUAUGAGUUAUCGGUGCCCGACACAUGGCGUAAUUAGUGUACUUAUUUUUUGGCGGCUAUCACGAUAGUGUGCCCAGUGCACUCAGGCCAUUAUAGGACGUUUGUCCUCAAUAUGUCCAUGCACCAUAUCCUCUAUAUUUUGUUUGUCGCUUGAGACAGGCCUGUCAGAAUUUUUGCCUCAAGUCACAUGUUUAUUUUUUGAUAUAGUGAUACCCGACACAUAAUUUUUGCGCCCGGUGAACCUUGGUGCGCCUAUCACUAUUGUUUUGUGUCCAUGUAUCAUAUAUCCACAUUUUUCCUCUAUUGCAUUCGAUCCGUUGCGUACACCAAAAUUUGGCCGGCUGACUGCAACCCGUUUUUUACUCUCUUUACUAUGCUUUGUUUAAUUACUUAUGUUAUUGGUCUUAGUCAUGCGUUACUGGUCAUUAAUGUUGUGCGGUUUAUUUAAGUCAUGCCUCCUAAAAGAAAAUCAGCUAGACAGGCGGGUAGGUCAGCUGCCAAGAUCACAAAACGAGCGACCCCAUCCUCUAGUGCCUCGAGUGACCUGGCCGAGGUUUCAGCAGCGCAACAAACAGCUGAACCUGUGAACCUCGUGGACUUAACGAGCGUGGUCACAUUGGCAGUGACAGAGGCCCUGAAAGCAGUUGGAGUUGGGCAAACGACCCCAUUAUCCAGUCCCCCCACGGUUAACCCAAGUCCUGGGCCUGUAGAUGCCUCAGCCACAGUGGAGACCGCCACAGCUGCCGAGAUAGCCAGCAUUUCAUUCCUGUAG